CCUUUUUCUUUUGUCCAUUACCAAAUAAAUUAGUUCGUCUUCCCUUUAUAAAUUCCCUCCCUUUCUCAUCUCGUUUUUAGGCCGUGCUUUUUCUCAUUCUCUAACAUUCGCAAACCAAACCCGCUUUCUCCCUCGCUUUUUUCCAAGAAAAUUUUCGAAACCGAAAAAAAAGAUGCAUGCCCAAAUAUCCGAAUCCGAGCAACAGCAACUCCUCGAGAAACUCGAAGUCUUCAAGAUCAAAGGCAAAGACAAACAAGGCCGCAAGAUCCUCCGUAUAAUCGGAAAAUUCUUACCUGCUCGGAUAGUGAGUGUUGACGUUCUGAAGAAGUAUCUGGAGCAGAAAAUAUAUCCAAAAUUAGGAAAGAAGCCAUUCUCGGUGUUAUACGUUCAUACCGGAGUUCAACGGAGCGAGAAUUUUCCGGGAAUCUCAGCCCUCGGAUCGAUCUAUGAUACUAUUCCGAUCAACGUUAAGGAGAAUCUCGAGGCCGUCUAUUUUGUUCACCCGGGACUGCAGGCCAGGCUCUUUCUUGCCACCUUCGGCCGCCUACUUUUCAGCGGAGGGUUGUAUGGUAAGCUAAGGUACGUGAGCAGGGUUGAUUAUCUGUGGGAACACGUGAGAAGGAACGAGGUUGUGAUACCUGAGUUCGUUUUUGAUCAUGAUGAGGAUUUGGAGCACCGUCCGAUGAUGGAUUAUGGAUUGGAGAGCGAUCAUCCUAGGGUGUAUGAUGCACCUACACUAGAUUCCCCUGUUUCUAUGUACUCCAUGAGAUGUAUCUCAUAGGAAACUUAAAAAAAAAAAAAAAAAAUUGUAUACAGAAAAAAAGAAAAAAAAAAGAAAAAAAGAAAAAAAAAAGAAGAGUGAAUGUGGAAUUUUCAAUUGGAUUAGCUUGAAAUUGAAAUUUCAAAGCGUGCAUAUGAAAUCAGUUGAAUCC